UUGUUUUAAGUUUUUGAUUAAGAUUGUCGAUUGUUUUGUACAUUAAAAUAUGUUGAUGUUAAUGGACGCAUAUUUUGUAAUUCUUCAUUUAUAUUAAAUAAUAAUAUGUUAGUCGUACAUACAUAAAAAUUGUUUUUACAAGUUAAAGGUAUACCAGUGAUAGUCCUUAAUCGUCUUCGACAGAUUGAAACCAAGUGCAUUAUACAAUUGACUUUGUCAUCAAAAAGUAUUGUACACAAUAUGUAUUUUAUUUAAUCAAAUUGUUUUCAAUUUAUUUAAUAUACCGUAAUAAUGAGCGAUCAUGAAACUUUAGUAAUUUCGUUAACUACGGCUUGUCAGAAUGCAUGUAGCUUUAUUAAAAAUAUAACCGAGGAUAAUGAACUAAAGUACACAGAACUGUCAAUUUUAAAAACAGAAAACAGUAAUUUACAAAGUGUUUGUUCAGAGUUAAAAUUAGAACAUCUAAAAAUUGAGGAAAACAUAAGAACAUUAGCAAAACUAUUAAAUUUUACUGUAAAUGAAAACGAUUCUGUAGUAAAUAUACUAGUUCAUUGGAUUUCAACACUCACAAAAAGAAAUGAAGAAAAUAAAAAAAAACGAAAAUUAAAUCCAUUUUACUCGCCUUUGAAAUUAACACUCAAAGAAGACAAUGAAACAUCUCCAAAAAAAAAUAAUGAUAAUACAACUUUUGCAAGCACAUCUAAAACAUCUUGGAGACUAGAUGUUAAACGUAAUGGAAAUCCUUCUGAUUUAUUAAAAAAAUCUAAACAGACCGUUUUGUCAGUUCAACCUGUAAAAUCUAAAGCUAAAUUAGAUAUUACCAUAUUCAAUUCAUCAAUAAUCGAUAGCUCAAUUCCAAAUAUUAAUGAUAAUAGUCAUGUUCCUAAAAAAAAUAACCAAAACAUACUAAGUAAAAUGUCUUGUGAAAUUUUGGAAAAGAAGCAAAAUGUAACUAAAACACCCAUUGUAGAUAUUCACAAUAAAAAUAAUGCUUUGGAUGAAACAAUGUUUGACCCUAAUGAUUGCUCUGUAAGUCACUUUAACAAGAUACACAAACCAAUUCAUAGUACACCUGCAAAACAAAAUUUUUCUCCAAUUAUCGUUGAUGUCUUUGAACAACCUAUGGAAUCCAAUAACCAUGAUAACCAAGAUAAGCAAAAUGAUUUAUGUGAAGAAAUUAUAUAUAGUCCACUUAAUAUAUCAAUUAAUAAGUUUGAUGAAGAUAUAGUUUCUACUUCUCGUCAACAGAAAUCACCAAAAUGUAAUAUGCUAGAUAGUUUUGAUAUUAUACCAGGUUUUAAUAACAAAAAUAAAGGUAUGCCAAAUUACAAGUUUAAAGAGAGUCCAGUUAGAAAACACAAUGAACGAAAGUUGUUAAAUGGUUGGGACUGUGAAGAAUGUCGUAAAUUUUAUGAAGCAAUUAAUGAUAAUCCAACAGACGCAAAAAAUGCAAUGAAUCAGUUUUCAAGACAUCGAUCAGUAAAACAUCAACAUAUAGCUAAUACUCCACCUGGACUUUGGGACCCAUUGUAAGAACUGUGAUAUUGCUCAAUAAGUUUGUAAAUGCUAAUAAAAAACUAACACUACUAUUUUUUUUUUGUUACAUUUGUCUUUUUAAUAUUAUAUUUUUUUUGUAAAUUUAAGUUCAUGCUGUUUAAUUCUGAAUGAUAAUUUAAAUUAUUAUUAUCAAUGUUUUUUGUGUUACAAUUUAUAUAAAUUAAAUGCAUAAAGUAAUUUAAGUAUGUGUGUUUAAACUUUAGUAUUGUGUUUGAUGAUAAUAUCUUCAUUUAAAUAUAUGUUUUUAGUUUUUGUAAUGGAUACAAGUUUAUUUGAUAUUUUAUGUCUAAUACAUUCUCAACAUUGUAAUUAGCAUUUUAAGAACGUGGAAUUCUGUAGAUAUACUAUUUUCUUAUUUGAUGUUAGUUAAGACCACCGAUGUCAUUAGU